CUCGGUCAUAAGACGACCUUCAGCGGAUGCAGUUACAAUUUGGAUCUCGUUAGGAAUACUUUUCAUUUUCUAGCAGCAGAAAUACAAAAGAUAUUCUGUCAGAAUUGGAUAAUUAUUGAUAAAAAAUGGAAAACAUGUUCGGAAUAAUGCAUAUUUUAGUAAUAGUAGCUGCGUUUUUAUUGGUGGAUCACGGAGUAAUUGGUGGCUGUGUCGAGGAUAAAACAGAUGUGGUGAAGCCCUGCUUCGACCUACUUAUGACCGCUAUGAAUUCACAGAAACCCAAGGAUGUGAACGACUUUUUGUGCAGUGAUUCACAAAAAGAGAAUUUAGACUGUGUUAUCAAGGGAUUUCACGAGUGUCCGGACUUUAAGAAAGAGGCGUUCAUUGAAGGCUUGAAAGAUUCCAGUUUCAAAGCCAUCGAACUUUUCCACGUUGCGUCAGCGGACGAAUUUUGUGAAUGCGCAGCGACAUUCACGUACAUGAUAGAGGUAGAGUCACAGCUAGGAAAGGAACUGAGACAAGGACCAUGGCCAAAAACAGCCAACCAUGAAUAUAUUUGCGGUGUAAAGCGCUAUAAAAUAGACCGUGUGGCCAAAUCACUGCCAGUAUGCGCGGACUAUUUAAAGUACAAACACAACGAGACCACAGGCGACAAUUCUAACGUACACUCGAACGUGAAGAACUUUCAAUAUGCAGCAGAAUAUGCUGACAAAUACUGCACAAAAUUUCCCAAGGGAUUUAACGACACGUGUUCCAUGGAGAGAAUCAGUUGGUCAUCUCUAGAAUUGUGUCAUGGUCAAAUUGAUAACCUUCAAAAAGUCACAGAUCAGGAAUGUCAAAUGAGAAGAUGCGUUGCACUUACCAUGCGCACGUGCCCAAAAGGUGAAAUGGAAUAUUUCAUAGACGCCAUUAACGUGUUUAGUGACGUCAGGAUAAGCAAAGACGAGACAUGUUCAAAAGCCUCUGGCUUUGUUGCCUCUGUUUUAAGUACACUUGUCCUUUGUUUAAUUUGUAUUUUAUUUUAGAUAAAUUUCAUUUUUAGCUAGGUCAUGUCGAAACGGCCCGAACAGACCAAUCCCCCUCCUUAAAAUUAAGUCAGAAAAGGUUUGAAAUCAUGUACCAACGUAUAGAUAAUAUGAGAAAGUAAUUCCAUGACAAUAAAGUGAUCUGGGUUAUAUGCCGUUUGGUGAAGUCCUUAAAUGGGUGAUGAUAUUUAUGGUAAACAUGAAUAUGCAAUCUGAGCGCUUUACUUUUAAAGUCGAAGUGGUCCCUGACAUUUUUACAAUUUGAGUGCGUUAUGUCAAUAAAUGGUGGAUUGGUCUAAAUUUUAUACCAUUUGAAGCGGUUUAUGGUAUUUGUGCCAUUUGAGUGCUUUAUUUUAAUGGCGAUUGGAUUGGUAAAAUUUUACGCCAAUCGAAUUGGUUUAGUGUAUUUUUGCCAAUUGUUUGCUUUAUUUCUAAUAGCAACUGAAUAAGUCUAAACUUCAUAUCGACCGAAGUCGGGCUUUUUAAGGUAUUCGUAUUGAUUUUUAUAUUUCAUGCCAAUGGAAGGGGUCUGUAGUAUUUGGAUUUUUUUGUGUUU